UACAAUUUGUCAAUUUUGAUAUUUGUCUAGUUCUUAAGUUGGUAUCAAGGGGAAGUAAUCCAAAUAAGUUAGGUGUAGUUAUAGACUUGUGGUAACGUUAUCGUCCAGACACUUUAUUGUGUAGAUCUAAGUGAAACGUUAUGAUUUAAAAAAGGAGAGUAUGAAUUAGUAAAAGAACCAGUCAUACAUACAAAUACGCGUUCAUGGAGUUAAAAAAACGAAGAGUAGUCUUUAUGUUAUGUGUUUUGUGUCACCCCAAGAGCGUAAUACCUGAAACUAACUAACUACAAACACGUUAGAUAUGGAACAUCCAGUAGGAUGUUGGAAGAAGUGCAUACUUGGACUGACGCUUAUAGCCGUGCUGAUAUGUUACUACUGGACUACGAAGAUCCCUGUGAAAAUAAAACAAAAAAUGAGGGGACCUAUUGAAUAUGAGAACAACUCACGUGAACGCACUGCCAAGAUACAAAAAGCAGCAGAUUUCCAGAAAAGCCAGGAUACUGCCAAGGAACUAAAAGAUGUGCCGGUUGUAUUACUGAUGACGUAUAUGCGGUCGGGAUCUACGUUUCUAGGAGAUAUAGUACAACAGUUGCCUAGUGUACUUUACUCGUAUGAACCACUUAGGCGAUACAUGGAAAAAGGUUAUUAUUUAACCCGUGAUCGUGGUUCGUGCAACACCUCCAACGGUAAAUGUAGAAAUACUUUGGAGAAUAAAUACCGCUUCAUAAUAGACAACAUCAAGAAGUUUUUCAACUGUGAUUCACAGAAACUGGAUUUGAAAUUUACAAGAAGCCAAAAAUCAAACACGUGGUUUCAAUUGUGUGCUCAUGAAGCCGAGCCGGAAAAGUGUGUUUCUAAAGUGAUAUCGUUAUGUUCAUCAGCGGUUCGGAUAAUUAAAACCAUCCGAUUGUCUAUGGACGUGGUACAAGAAUUAAUGGAGAAUAUUCCUAACCUGAAGGUGGCACACUUACUACGAGAUCCACGAGGGAUGAUCAAUUCCAGAAGGAAAACCAUACCGUAUUUUCAAUACAAUAAGAAAAAAAUGUCUCAAAUAGCCCGGGCCGUGUGUGAUAGGUAUCACAGAGACAUAAGUAUAGGCCAAUCACUGAAGGUCAAAUAUCCUAACAGAAUUAAAACAGUGCUAUACGAACAGAUAGCACAGAGACCUUUAGAAACUUCUAUUCGAAUAUUUAAAUUUUUGGGGCUUCAACCAAAAAGGAAUUUCAAAAGUUGGCUGAUGGAGCACAUUGCAGGAGACCCAAAAAUGUCAGUUGGUCAUCCCGCCUUUAGUACUGUGCGUGCAAACUCUACAGUCACUGCGAACUCCUGGCGGAUACAAUUGUCGUUAGAUAACGUCAUGGAUAUAGACCGGGAGUGCUCUCAGGUGUAUGAAUACACAGGUUAUCUGGCGGUAAAGAAUUCAACCGUCCUGAAAAAUCUCAAUAUAUCCGUUCGAAAGAAGAAUACUAAUUUUCCAUAGAUUUGGGGAAUAUUUAACACAGCCCUCCUUUUUAUGUUUGGCCUCCCAUUACUUCUAAUAUAAAUUGCGCGAUGAUUAAUUAAAACUAAACAAUAACUAUAUUUCACUUUAUAUCUAUGAAACAAACACGAAAAUGUCAUCCCUAACUCUUUUCUGUCGGUGAAUAAGGCUGCUAAUAACCGGUUAGAUAAUCAGCUCCGAUGUUUUUGUUAUGAAUUAUCCAAAACCUUUGUAAAAUUCCUCCUUUUGGUUUGAUAUGUUAACCGGGGGGGACUGUAGGUCUGCACUCCGUCCGUCCGAGAAGUUUGUCCGGGACAUUUCUUCUAUUCUAUUUCACUAUUUCCUAAGCGUCAUAACAGUGUAUUUGACUGGGUAUAUUCUGAGAGGGAAAAAGCCAGUCGCGUUUCUAUCAUGCGUUCGACUUGUGCAUGUACUACUUACCUUAUUAGGAGCCAGUUCUCUAGAAAUAUGAGCUCGAGGUGACAUAGCUUAGUCCAGAGUGACGUAUCACAGUUGGGUAAAUACGGUAAAUUAUGUGGGGUUUUCACCUGGGAGAGUAGGAGCCAAUCAGAAUUUAGCUUGCCCGUCACUGCGCUCCGAGUCACACACAGAGGAGUCCGUCAAACGGCAGCUGUGCAUGGUAAAGCAGUUAAUCGGUAGCCGCAUAAUUGCUUCUUUUUUUAACCGGAAAUGAAGUAUGUGAAAGUGAAAGUAGAAGUUCAGUGUCAACAAAUAUACGACUAGUUGUAGCGGGAUUUAUAUUAUUUUAAAAAAGAAAUAGGAGGUAUAUAGGUGAAGUGGUGGAGAAAGGGUUAUUACUAUGUAUUUCACAACGGAAAGAAAAUAUUUCCUGCAUGUAUAACUUACUGUUUAGUCAUUAAAAUG